AUGGUGGCGGAGGAGAUCGUGGUGUCCCUCUCAGGAGGAGCUCCGUGGGGCUUCAGGCUGCAGGGGGGCGCCGAGCUGCAGAAGCCUCUACAGGUUGCAAAGGUGCGCAGACGCAGCAAAGCCUGCAGAGCCGGGCUGAGGGAGCACGACGAGCUGGUUGCCAUCGGCGAUCAGAUGUGUUCGGAGCUCAGCCAUGCUCAGGCCAUGAGCCUCAUCGACACCCAGAGCGCCACACUCAGCCUGAGGGUCAAAAGAGCCGCCUCUGGAUUACACGGCCGCUCGGUGUCGCCCCGCACUCCCUCCACGAGGGUCCUGUCUCCUCCGGCGGGCCCCUUGACCCCUGGCAGCUCCUCCAUCCUCUCCCCGACAGAGAUCUCCCGCGGCAUCACCUCCCCUCCAGACAGCGAGGCUUACUACGGAGAGACGGACAGCGAUGCAGACACUCAGUCGCUCGUCCACCGCCGACAGCGCCGCACGCCUCCUCACGCACGCUCACCUGCUCGCUACGACAACACAGAGGAGGAGGAGACCUCAGAGAUGAGUGGGUAUGAGAGCGCUACAGACGUGGCAGUUUCCACACAGGAGCCGUGGGAUGCCCCGUGUCUCCCCGGUGUCCCUCGGAGGGAGCUCAUCUACCAGCCCCUCCAGGCGGACUGGGCCGGCUCCGCACACACCCCUCACACCCUGACCCCUCACACACUCACCCCGACCCCCGACCAGGCCGAGGCGGAGGGAGAGGGGGACAGCGGCUUCCAGGAGGCGGGGGGCUGCAUCACCCUGGCCUGCCCGCCUCUGGUGUCUCCUGAACGGGCGAAAGAGGCCCUGAUGCUGAGCUCCAGCAGCCAGCUGGUGCCGAUGGUUGGACCGCAGCAGACCCCCGUCAGCGACGAACUUUCCACCACCUAUAUGGACAAAGCACGACAAGCCAAGUUGCAGCGCGGGGAGAGUUUGGUGGAGAAACAGGUGAAGGAAGCUCGCACUAAAUGCCGCUCCAUUGCAUCUCUGCUGACUGAUGCUCCAAACCCCAACUCUAAGGGGGUGCUUAUGUUCAAGAAGCGCCGGCAGAGAGCCAAGAAGUACACUCUCACUUGCUUUGGCAAAGCCGAGGGCGAUCAAGGAGGAGACACAGAAGGGGAGACAGGAGGUGAAACGGAGGAGGAAGGAGGAAGUUCAAUACAAAGUGGCUCAGAAGUUGACGAAGAGGGAUUCUCAGCAUCUUUUGACCCUACGUGGGAUUCUGGUUAUCUGGAUCUCCUGGACAGGAGGAGCUGUGCCUGCCCACCAACCACCCCUGUUACACCAACAACUCCAGCAACCAAUCAGGGCCCAGGCUUUGAUACGUCAGCUUACCAGAUUCCAGGGCUUGUGACCGCUGUCAAUCAAAGCCUAGGAUUGGAGGUCUGUGAGAACGCAGCCUAUCAGGACGCGAGGCCUGAGACCAGCAGCGUAAAGCAGCCAGUCCCGAACCGCUCAGCUCACAUGUCGCCUCCCGCUGUGGCUCUGACCAACGGAGGGUCUGUAGCUGUGAGCCGGGCCAGUGUUGUUCUGAGCCCGCCCACUCAGACGCCAGUCGGAAGUCAAAAUGGACAACAUGCCAGCCCCGGCCCUCAGGCCAGCCUGGAUCCCAACCCCACCCCGAUCACAGACUUACACAGCAACACCGGGCUCAGUCCCAACGCCGCCUACCUGAACCGCACCGCUCGCCCCUUCACUCCCGGCCCCACCGCUUCCCGCCCGUCUGUAACCUCUGUGAUGUUUCGCCCCCCUCAACCCAAACCCACCGCCAUCACCAUGGAAACCAAACCCGUGGCGGCUGUCUCCAUGGUGACCAUCUCACCUACUCACUAUCCGUCCGGGCCAGAUGCGAGGAGAGCGGUGUCUAGCACCUCCCUGUAUAUUCCUCCAAGGAAUAACAACAGCAACACCCCCCCCUCGAUGCACUCGCCCCCGUCAGCUCUCUCACCUCCCGCAGCACCGGUUGCUCAGCCUCCUGCAAACACGUUUUCUCCUCAACCUGCAGGACAUGCUUCCCCCUACACCAUGUUUUCUCCUGCAGUCCCACAGACAUACCUGCCUCCUCCUCCUCCCGCGACCCCGCCUGCAUACUUUUCUCCUCCGGCUCCGACACAUCCACCUGCCUCCAACUGCAUCCCAGCUCCUCCUGCUUCCCCUGCCACCCAGCCCCCUCCUGUCCAUCCUUACAGUAACGCCACAGGGGUGGUGGCACCGAGCCCCCAGCCUUCAAUCGCACCAACGCUGCUUCCACAGGUGCCGCCCUCUGACUCUCUGGAAACACGAGAGCAGCGCAUCUCAGUCCCGGCCGCUCGCACCGGCAUCCUCACCGACGCCCGUCGCCGUAGCAACAAGAAGCCCAUGUUCAGCGCAAUCCAGAAGAAGGAUGUGUCAGUGAACCCUGACCUGCUGUCAAUGGUCCAGAACAUGGACGACCGCUUUGUUAGACCGCCGGGUGCCGAGUCUGGAGGGGCACCCAGUGCCGACGCAGGGCACGAGUCAGGGCCGGAAGAGGACUGGCUACGGCUUGGGGCAGAGGCCUGCAACUUCAUGCAGGCUCAGCGGGGAUCCAGGCCACCGCCGGUGGCACCCAAACCGCAGACCCCUCAGGCGCCACAGCUGGCGGGGAAGGGAGGCCAGCUGUUUGCCCGCAGACAACACAGGAUGGAUCGGUACGUCGUCGAGCGAUCGCCAUCUGUUGCUGCGGUCCCUUACUCUCCUGCACAGACAAGGGAGCCCUCGCCUACCCCGUCACUCCCUGCCACUUGGAAGUACUCGUCCAACAUCCGUGCUCCUCCGCCCAUCAGCUACAACCCCCUCCUCUCUCCCUCCUGCCCUCCGAAGGCACAGAAGAAACCCGAGGUGAAAAAGUCUGGAAAAGCUGGACCGAAAGGGCAGAAAGCAGGCCUGAAGCCUGUGGACAUUAUGAGCCACCAGCCCUACCAGCUCAACUCGUCUCUGUUCAGCUACGGGGGCGGAGUUCCACAGGACGCCUCCACCUAUCAGCAGCACAAAGCAAUGACGGGCGGCCCUCAGAAGACGGCCCGAGUCUACGAAGUGAAGCGCUUCUCAACGCCUCCACCGACAUCCACGGGGCCCGCCCUCAAAGUUAUAGUCCCCCGAUCGGCUACAACACUCGGGGAGCCACUGUGGCAGUCUGAAGUCACGUCUCCUCCGCCCACUGCCGACGCCGCCCCGUAUUCGUCUCCAGCUCGGCCGUUCCAGCCUCAGUGGGCCGCCUCCCCUCUGUCCCCCCCGCUGCCUCCAGCCCCCACUUCCCCGCUCCCGCAGCUUCCCACUUUCUCCUCUCCUUCAAACCAAGUGCAGUCUCCUCCUUUUUCCCACUCUCAGCCCUCCAGCCGGCCGUUCAAGAGCGCCCCAGACCUAAGCCCACUGAACCCCCCAUCGAGCAGCGCCCCGCCCAGCAGGGUCCCCAGGCCGAGGUUCAGCACUUCCAACCUGGGUCUGCAGCCUUGCGUUUGGCGUCCUGGAUCCACAAUGCACUGAUUAUCUCCUGGACAUUAUGCAUCGGUUCUUUGUGGGAACACAAAGCAGCGUUUCCUAUGUGCUUCCUUUCGUUGUCAUAAUAUUGUAAUUCAAGGCUGCAGCUUGAGGUUUUACUUGCCACAUUUCAUCAAAAGAGCCAUUUGGAUCAGCCACACAUGUAGCAGAUUUCAUCAUUUCACCCUGUUGACUCUUUUAUUGAAAGCAUUUAGUUAUUCAGCAUUUAAAGGGAACACUGUGUUUUGAAAAGGAAAUGUAGUGUGGAAACGAAUAUGAGCUUCAGACUGAAAGUAAAAGAGACACAGGGGGAAGGAGGGGUGAAGUAUAGAAAAUAUUGUACCGGAUGAAGAGAAACUGAGUUUUAAACAUGAAAAAAGAAGAACAGAGGAUGUGUAACGAUGAGACUGUCGAGAGAGACGUGGCCUAGGAUGGUUGGAAGAGAAACAGAAAGCACAUCAUAGGAGACAGCAUGGUAGGGAUAUUUGUGUGAAAGGUGCAGAUGUGAUUUUUAACUUCACAAACAUCCUACAGGACCUGUUGCUAACUUGUGCUACCAUGCUAGAAAAGCUAUAUUACUGCUUCCUCUGUUACAGAUAUUAUCAUUUGUGUUUGGUUAUUAUGAGUGGGUUCUUUUUUCUUUUUUUUUCCUUGUGUGGCUGCACCCUGCGUGUGCUUUGUUUUCUGUAGUCUUUCACUGGCUGCCACAGAGAAGGAAACGGCAUUUUACAGUAGAUCUGAUUUCUCAUCUGUUGAUAUGAAACAAGAGAGGUAUAACAUGUCUGUCGGGCUGUGAUUCUUUUCCACAGAG